AUGUUUGGAGGAUUUGGCAAAUCGAAUUCUACAGGUGGAUUGUUUGGUCAAUCCAAUGCUACUAACGCUGCUGCCAGCGGUGCCACAAGUAUGUUUGGAGGAUCACAGAAUAUGCAGAAUAAUAAUGCCACCGGCGGAGGUCUAUUUGGUGGCGCUGCUCCUACUGGUAAUACGAAUACUGCGGCCACAGGAGGUGGUUUAUUCGGCAAUGCUGCACCAUCAGGUAAUAUAAAUACAGCCGCAUCAUCAGGAGCUGGUGGUAGCCUAUUUGGAAAUACAGGAAAUGCACCUACAACAAAUACAGGUGGAGGUUUAUUUGGGAAUGCUGCUCCAAGUGGUACUAUAAACACAGCUGCUACAGGCGGCGGUUUGUUCGGUACUGCAAACGCAAAUGCAAACACUGGUGGUGGGAAUACUACCACUGGAGGAUUGUUUGGAAAUAAUACUAAUAAGCCAGGUGGGCUUUUUGGAGGCAACGCAGCCCAAAAUACUACAACAGGCGGUGGCCUCUUUGGUGCUAAUAACCAACAGAAUACGACGACGGGUGGUGGCCUUUUUGGUGCUAAUAACCAACAGAAUACUACAACAGGUGGUGGCCAUUUUGGUAACAAACCUGCCUCAACAACAACUGGUACUGGUGGAUUAUUUGGUAGUACAAACAGUGGUACAACAGGCACCACUGGUGGUCUAUUCGGAUCUAAACCUAAUACAACAAACACCUUAUUCGGAGGCUCUAAUACAAAUGCACCCUCUACGGCAACUACAACACUGGGAAGCGGUAGAUUAUUUGGAUCUAAGCCGUUGGGUGGCACUGCAGGUGGAGGUUUAUUUGGAUCAAAUAAUACUGCGAAUAUUGGUGGCUCCUCUUUAUUUGGUCAAGGGAACACCAUGAAUACUACAGGAGGUCUUUUUGGCUCUUCACAAUAUGGACAACCACAACCACAAUCUACACUACAAUCUAUUCAUCAACUUCCGAUUACACCAAUGACAAGAAUCGCUGAACUACCACCACAACUACGUCAAGAAAUUGAACAAUUAGAUCAAUAUAUUCAAAAGCAGGUACAAAUAUCGGAGCAUUUAAAAGCGGACACAGAAGAACACAAUAAUCUAAUAGAAUCAAUUCCAAAAGAUAUUUCAUACCUACUGAAGACAGAAUUGUUAACUAAUCAAUCAUUAUCACAAGAUUUGAAACAAAUUUCAUCUAUAAAGGAAUUAACAGAUAAUAAUCUUUCAGAUACACAACUGUUCACUAUUUUAUUCCAACAACUAUUGACACCAGGUAGUAAAAUAUCGUCUUUAGAUUUAGAGAAAUUUUAUCAACGUAAAAUACACUCAUUCCAAAAUAAAUUAGAUGAUUAUUCUAGAGUACUUUCAGAUAUUGAAAGCGCAAUAAGUGGAAUCAAUGGCGAUAUAUUCGGAGCAUCACAAGGCCAUCUGCCGGAGAAUACUUACACCAGUGAGUUAGGAAACAUAGAUUUAGCGGGGUUAUAUAAUUUGAAAACUGGCCUAAAUGCAAUCGUCUCUACUGUUAUAGAAGAGUUUGGAUUAUUUAUGGAUACUGCGGAAAGAAUUGCUGAAUUACGUCAAAAAGUUCGAGAAAUAACAGGCUCCCAUACGUGA